AAGCAGUUACCAGUUAUCAAAAGCACUGGAUCUUGAUCCAGAGAAUGACUCUUACAAAUCAAAUUUGAAAAUAGCAGAACAGAAACUAAGAGACAUGUCCAGUCCUACUGGAACUGGACUGAGUGUUGACAUGGCAAGCUUGAUAAACAAUCCUGCAUUCAUUAGUAUGGCAGCAAGCUUAAUGCAGAAUCCUCAAGUUCAACAACUGAUGUCAGGGAUGAUGUCCAAUGCCAUUGGUGGCCCUGCUGCAGGUGUUGGUGGCCUGUCAGAUUUGUCCAGCCUGAUCCAUGCGGGGCAGCAGUUUGCACAACAGAUACAGCAGCAGAAUCCAGAGCUCAUAGAGCAACUGAGAAAUCGUCGGAGCAGAUCUUUCAGUGGCAGCACUGAAGAGCAUUCCUGA